AAGGGUUUGUGGUUUAUGAGGUUAUGUACCUUAUGUUAUGAUGAGCGAUUGAGGUUAUUUUUUGUUUGACCUAUUAAUUUUAUAAUAAUUGUUAAUAUUUAAUUUAUAUAUUCAUAAUUUUAAAUGUAUGUGCAGCUAUAUUAACACAGUGCAGAACAUUAUCGGCUUUUGUAAAACAAAAUUAAUAUACUUUUAAAAUUAAUUUUGGUUAUGCAUAAUACACCAGUACUUAUCGAAUUUGGAGGUGGUGCUGAACUCUUAUUCGAUAAUAAAAAGGCUCACAAUGUGACACUUCCUGCGAAAGAAAAAGAAUGGAUUUUGGGCGACCUACUUACAUGGAUGAAAAAUAACAUGUUAAAACAAAGGCCAGAAUUGUUUUUACAGGACAAUUCUGUGCGUCCAGGUAUAUUGGUUCUUGUAAAUGAUACCGAUUGGGAAUUAAUGGAUACCGUUAAUUAUGUCAUACAGUCAAAUGAUAGAAUUACUUUUAUAUCUACAUUACAUGGAGGAUAAAAAAUGUUAAAUUUUACAAGUAAACUUUUUUUAUAUACAUGUGCAUUAUUUAUGUUAAUUUUUCUGAGCAAAACAGGUGGCUAAGUGCUUAUCUAUUUUAGUAAUGUAACACUAUGAUGCGAGUCAAAAGUUUUUGGAGGUAUCAAAAUAAUAAAUAAACCAUUAUGAAUUUGCAUUUUAUAA